CAAAACGAGAUGCUCGAGCGCAUUUUGUGCUGACCAAUGCCGAAGAGAGAGCGCAGGAGCGCGUGCGAGCCACCUUUCUGGCUCCCACGGGACAAGCGACAUCACAAACGGACCAGCUAGGGAAUGGAAAGCUUUCCUUGACGUUGCAGUUGGAAAGAUAUAACGGAAGGCCCGGGCUUACACCAGUUAUUAUUCUUCUUCAGCUUGCUGGACGUGAGACUGUUCUGAUCCAGAGCGCCUAGAGGAAAGUAGAAACGUUGUCCCCGCCAAUGGGAAUUGUUUACAAAGCGAACAACAUGAGGUCUCCGUGCGUGCCGGUCUUAGUGUCGGCACUAACCUUGAUGUUGGUGUGUUGGAAUGCGUCCUGCGAAGCAACCCCUGCAGGAUUGCGACGAUGCGGAGAUUGCAUUGUCAGGGAUUAUUUUGGGAAUGGAGUUCUCUUGAGCUGCAACACAACUGAAUCGGAUAGUUUGACCACAAAUGUGGGAAUACUCUUGAGAGAACCCGUUCCAAUGAUAUCUGCUACCAAAUGUGGAGUCCGUCGCUUGUUUGUUGGUGUUUUCAAGAAUUCGCUUUCAGCAGAUAUAAUAGACUUGAACCAAAAUCAGUUAACCCAGCUACAUCGAAAUACAUUCAGCGGCCUUCAUAAUGUUACUGUACUGAUUCUAAAUCGCAAUAAACUGAGGUAUCUGGGGAAAGAUGUCUUCCACAAAUUACGAUCACUGAAACGCCUAUUCUUACAUGGAAACCGAAUAUGGAAAAUAACGAAACGAGCAUUUUCUGGCCUUUCAAACAUGGAGCAGCUAGACUUGUCCAAUAAUAAAAUCAGAGAGUUACCCAAAGAUGUGUUUCACAAUAUGAAAGGUUUGAGGAGUCUAGAUUUGAGUAACAAUCAACUAAAAUCUUUUCCAGUGGGAACUUUUGGCAACGCAAACUUAUAUUCUCUAGGCUUGUCCAAUAAUAAAAUCAGAGAGUUACACAAAGAGAUGUUUCACAAUAUCAAAGGUUUGAGGAAUCUAUACUUGGACAAUAAUAAAAUCAGAGAGUUACACAAAGACGUGUUUCACAAUGUCGAAGGUUUGAAGACUCUAAUGUUGUCCAGCAAUCCAGUGAGAGAGUUACCCGAAGACGUUUUGCAUAGUAUGAAUAGUUUGACAGUUCUAUAUUUAAAGAAAAAUCAGAUCACAACAUUAAAGAAUGUCAAUUUCACUGGUCUAACAAACCUCAAAGAGCUACACUUGGACAACGGGAAGAUCACAACAUUAGAUAAUGUCAAUUUCACUGGUCUAACCGAAGUCUAUAGCCUAUAUUUAAACAAAAAUCAGAUCACAACAUUAAAAAAUGUCAAUUUCACUGGUCUAACAAACCUCAAAAAGCUAUACUUGGACCAUAACAGGAUCAGAGAAUUACCGCAAGGAGGAUUUCACUCUAUGUGUCAUCUGGAACAUCUGUACCUUGAGUACAACUCACUAACCUCUCUACCGUCUGGGGUAUUUGACAGGCUUUAUUCACUGAGCAGCUUACGUUUAUCAUUUAACCAACUAACAACCCUACCUCAAGGCCUGUUUGACGACUUGCCAUUAGCAUCCUUAUAUUUGGAACACGAUAACCUUAUACAGAUACCCUAUACUCUUCGUAGAUACGCUAAGUCUAGCCUUUCAAGCAUAUAUCUUGGAUAUAACAAUCUGAGUGUCAUCCCCCCUAAACUUGGCUCAUGUGACGGGGCACUCAUAAAUCCAGUCACAGCCAAUCAUCGGCUAUGCAUUUUCUAUUAUGAGUCUUCGAAUCACUUCAAUGUGCCUUAUGACACCACUUACAUCCGGGAAUACCUUGAUAAUGAAAUAAAUGGGACCUUUUGCGAGGAAUCUUGUACCAUCCUUACAGACCAACAACUUGAUUGCCCUGCAGGUUAUAAAUGCAAUGGAACGGUCAGGGAUUACACCUGUACUGCCAAGGAAUCUUUCUCAUGCAAAGGCCGCAACAUCACACUCAACAUAGAGACUGUAAGAGCACACGACGCUCUUUCACGUUGUGGCCCUGGCCAGUCUCUUUUGACAUUGGAAGAACUUGAAAGUAAUGCUCAUUGCUAUCGCAAUGCUAUUGAGAAUGUGAUUGGGAAGCGACAUGAGGAGGUCUGGUUAAUGGGAAAUGGUUCGUUCUUACGGUACAAUCUCUUCACGAGGAAAGUUGUCAGGAGUUAUGCGAUCAAUUCCAAACCAGGCCCUUCAAGAAUUCUUUAUAAGGGCGGAAAUCCAUCCUCGUCUACACCCUAUGCUGGCCCACAGGAGUCCAAACCAGGCCCUUCAAGACCCGGCUUUAUACGAUUCCCGUAUACACCCACGGCUACCCCACGGGCGGAUGGUUACAUCUGUAUGGGGAGAGAAGGUACACCCAGCGAUGCACAUACAACGCGUCUGAUGAGAUUCCAAACGCAAACAUUGGAAACUGGAGCGACUCAAGAACCCAUGCCAACAACAACUGCUAUGCCAAAGGAAGAGUCCCCCGAGAAUCCGCUCCCAAGCGGCACUGGUGCAGCUAUGAUGGCAUCGCAGGGCGCAGUGGGAAAGUCACCUGCUUCCCCCAUUAGCCUGCGCACUGUGCAGCCAGUUGCAGGUCCAGCGGACAGUGUUCAGGUGCCAGCCACUAAGAAGACAAGUCAGUCUGCUGCACAGACCGUGGACACGCCACAAACGCCAGAUGUCUGUUCAUCAAAUCCAUGUCUACACGGCGGAAGUUGCAUUCCAGCCAUCAUUCAAACCAACGCAGGGUAUUUAUGCUUGUGCGAAGAAAACUACACAGGAUAUAACUGCCAACUGAGUUCAAAUGUUGAUACUACCAAUUGACACUUUACAAGUUUGCGUGUCCCCACACUACAACUGCACCUUUUUACAAGUCGGAUGGGAUGACCAUUCGCCUUAUCGUAAAUUUAGUGGAAUUUGAAUUUGGCAGGUGUGCAAGUGGUUAUGAUGGCAUUUUUGCACUGUGUGGGGCACGUAUUGGAAUUCCCUGAUCGUUUCGUGCAUAGAUUUGUUCAUUUGUUUUCUUGAGCAAGAGCGUGGAGGCUUCCUCAAGCGACUACUCUUUCUCUUUUGUUUUGCAUUUUCUUCGUUUUGUUGUUGUUGUGAACUUGAUAUGGAUUGUAGUGCAAGUUGGAAAUUAUAAUUACUACGUUUGUGUAAUUCAUUUAUCCUAAUCGCCGUUUUUCCUCAUUGAGGUUACACUUGGUUUGAAUAUUCAAACUACAAUUUCAGCUUAA